AUGGCGGACUGAGCAAAGGCUUCUUCUGUUUAUAUCAAAAGAAAUAUUAAUCAUUUUGUGACGAGAUUUCGUUUAAAAAUAGUUUUUUUUCGGUAAUAAUAAUGUGUCGUGACUGUGUGAAAGAGGAGCUUCCUGACAGGGGUAACAUGUGCUUGGAGAAUGGAUCAUACUUGUGGAACUUUGAGAGUUGCAAAGGYUGUGGUAAAAAAGAGCCCAUUAUUAUAGCCAACAGAACGGAACAAGAAGAUGAAGAUGAAGAAGAACUUGUCACUUAUAAACAUUUAUGUACAAUCUGUGGACAUGUAAUAGCUGAGCACACCUAUACAUUUAGAGUAGACGAUGAGUAUCAGGAGUAUUCCAUGACYUGCCUUCUCUGUGGUAAAGGAUCUGACCAUAAAAGAAUUGAUAUUGAAGGAUCCAUGCCUAAUGGUGUUUGCUAAUUUGAAGUCAACUGUUCAAAAUGUCAGUUUGAAGAAAAUGAAAGGAACAGGGAGCCCAAGAAAAAGAAUAGUUGCAAAGGAGGCUGAUAAAAUAAUACAACAAUGCCGGGUGUAUGUGGUGAUAAUCACUUGUUGGACUUUGAUACACAAAUAACCCAUUAAAUGACAUUUGUAUGUUUUUUUAAUCUUUUUUAUAUCAAUACUAGUGUCAGUCUAAUCAACAUUAAUUACAUAAUACAUCUUAGUUAUGUAUAAAAUCCAUAGUUGUUAUCUAAAUAAAAAUAUAUAACUUCUUUUCCAUUAUAAAUAGUAGUUUAAAGGACCCAAAAACAAAUUAUUUCCAAUAUAACAUGAACUUGACAUUGUAUUCUAUUGCACUGCUUCAUUCUCAAAUCAUAGUUAGCACCUAUGCUCAAAUGCAUCAUAUUGUUACAUGCAAUCUAUUGAUAUGUUAUGUGAAUAUAAUACAAUGCUAUACAUCACUUUGUCAUAGUACUGGAMAACCCUUGAACUAUCAAUAAUAUCCUCCAAAUGAAUAUUUGUAAAUAAUAAAAAAGUUUGGCCUA